UCUCAAUUUAUAGCUGGUGCCAAGCCCCUGGGCACAAAAUGUACAGAAAACCCUUGUUCUUUGAAUUGGUAAUUGUGUGCUUAGAUUUGCAAUUCAGACAUUUACAAGAAAAUCUCUAUCAUCUUAAAUUAAAGUUCAUGCUAAAUAUGAUCUAUAACCAGCAGAGUUAUGCAUGCAGUGCUUUCUCUUUUAGGAUGAUUUCCUUCAGGCAAGCAGCUUAUUUCAUUUGCUUGUUUGCUACAGUUUCCUGUGGAUGCCUGACUCAACUAUAUGAAAACACCUUCUUCAAAGGUGGGGAUGUAACUGCUAUUUUCACCCCGAGUGCCCAACACUGUCAGAUGAUGUGCACGUUCCAUCCUAGGUGUUUGCUGUUCAGUUUUCUUCCUGCAAAUUCAACCAAUGAUGCAAGCAAAAGGUUUGGUUGCUUCAUGAAAGACAGUGUUACGGGAACGCUGCCAAAAAUGUCACGGAAAAAUGCAAUUUCUGGACAUUCCUUGAAGCAAUGUGGACAUAAAAUAAACGCUUGCCACCGAGACAUUUACAAAGGAAUUGAUAUGAGAGGUGACAAUUUUAACCUAUCUAAGGCUAAUAGUGUUGAAGAAUGCCAAAAACGCUGCACGAAUAGCAUUCACUGCCAAUUUUUCACAUACGCCACACAAGCAUUUUCCAGUGCAGAGUACCAGAACAGCUGCCUAUUAAAGCGGAGUCCAGGAGGAACACCCGCCACUAUAAAGGUGCUGGCUAACGUGGCAUCUGGAUUCUCACUGAAGCCCUGUGCUCGCUCAGAAAUUGGUUGCCACAUGGACAUGUUCCAGCACCUCGCCUUUUCAGAUGUGGAUGUGGGCAGAGUUAUCACUCCAGAUGCUUUUGUGUGUCAAACCAUUUGCACCUAUAAUCCCAACUGCCUCUUCUUUACGUUCUAUACAAAUGCAUGGAAUACAGAAUCACAAAGAAAUAUCUGUUUCCUUAAAACUUCCCAAAGUGGGACACCGAGUUCCCCUACCCCUCGGAGAAACACCAUAUCUGGAUAUAGCCUUUUAACUUGCAAACAAACUUUGCCUGAGCCUUGCCAUUCCAAAAUUUACCCAGGAGUUGAUUUCCAAGGGGAAGAAUUGAAUGUGACCUUCGUUAAAGGAGUGAAUGUCUGCCAGGAGACAUGUACAAAGACGAUUCGCUGUCAGUUCUUCACAUAUUCUUUACUCCCAGAAGACUGUAGAGGAGAGAAGUGUAAGUGUUCGUUACGAUUGUCUAUGGAUGGCUCCCCAACUAGGAUUACGUAUGGGACACGAGCGAGCUCUGGUUAUUCUCUGAGGUUGUGUGAAAGUGAGGACAGCUCUGUCUGCACAACAAAAACAAACCCACGCAUUGUUGGAGGAAUCAACUCUACUUGGGGAGAGUGGCCCUGGCAGGUCAGCCUUCAGGUGAAGCUGACAACUCAGAGCCACUUGUGUGGAGGGUCGAUCAUUGGGUCCCAGUGGGUUCUAACUGCUGCCCAUUGCUUUGAUGGGCUUUCCAUGUCAAGUGUUUGGCGAGUUUAUGGUGGCAUUUUACAUCUGUCAGAGAUAACAAAAGAAACGCCUUUCUCACAAAUAAAAGAGAUUAUUAUUCACCCAAAUUAUAAAAUCUCAGAAGUUAAUCAUGACAUUGCCUUAAUAAAACUUGAGGCUCCUCUGAAUUAUACUGAAUUCCAAAAACCAAUCUGCCUACCUUUCAAAGAUGACACAAAUACCAUUUACACCCACUGUUGGGUAACCGGAUGGGGCUUCACAAAGGAAAAAGGUGAAAUCCAAAAUACCCUACAAAAGGUAAAUAUUCCUUUGGUAACAAAUGAAGAAUGCCAGGAAAGACUUAGAGAUCAUGAAAUAACCAAUCAGAUGAUCUGUGCUGGCCAUAAAGAGGGAGGAAAAGACGCCUGCAAGGGAGAUUCAGGUGGUCCUUUAGUUUGUAAACACAAGGGAACAUGGCACUUGGUGGGCAUCACCAGUUGGGGAGAAGGCUGUGCCCGCAGGGAACAACCAGGUGUCUACACCAGAGUUGCUGAGUACAUAGACUGGAUUUUAGAGAACACACAGCACCAAGAUGGACAGUCUUUAAUGAAGUCACGAGCAUGAAGAAGCUUUUUAGAGGCACAGAAGAGCCCAGUUUGUAGCAUAAGUUUUGCAAUGUGGGUUCAAUUCAAAUACUGAGCCUUGGGGUCCUCGUCUGCAAAAAUGUGGAGAGUGGACUCUACCUCGCGUCCUUGUCAUAAGGCUAGAGUGAGAUAAUGCAUACAGAGCUGCUGAGGGCAACGUCUUGCAGAGGCAUGCUGUGAGCCUUCAGUAAUAAUGCUAAUAAUGGGCGAUAACAACUGAAGAUCUCCACAAUUGUUUGUUGUGAAAUAAAGAGUGUGAUUAAAAGAUGUUUUCUUCUGAUUGUGAAACAGAACCCAGAAGAUAUCUGACUCCAGAUCCUAGCACAGUGCAUGGGAUCAUUCUAAUCCUACCGCUUCCUCUGGAACUCACUGUAUCUCAGAGAUAAUAAUUUCUUCUGUGUGCCUUACCUGC